AUGUCACAGCACAGAGGAAUAAUAGUAAUUACCAUCUCGUUCUUUUUUGUAUCAUUGAUGGCUAUCAACUUUUUCUUUUUCAACAGUAACAAUAUACGGAUUUUUUCUUCGUUGCAAGAUUCAACAUUAACCCCAGUUGACCGGCUAUGGACCAAUUCUCCCUUUAAAGUACUGACACAUCAAAAUCGUCAUAACGCAUAUAACCGAUUAACAUCUGCUGAACGAGAAAAAUACAUAAAGUACCUUUACAUGUUUGAAGGCUCCCAUCCUCAACAGGGAUCCAAACUACGACCAGAUUAUCAAAAAUUGAAAAGAAUUCUAGACCGAAGAAUUAGAGAAACUCUUGAGCAGCCACAAAACCAGCCAGGAUACAAUAAUGGGGGGACAGAAGAAUCUUUACAAAGGGAAAUGAAGGCACUUUCCAAAACAAAGAGCCUUAAGACCGAGAACGAUAAGCCCGAGUACGAGUCGGAUUUGGAAGAAACCGAGAAUGUUUUAAAGAGCAGUAGUCAUAUUAAUAGUAAUAGUAAUAGUAAAAGUGAGGGAAGUUUAAAUAAAGACUCAAAUCAGGGAACAGGUUCAACUAAACAAAAGCGGUGGUGGUAUGAUAAUUCUCAGAAAUCAGAGCUCGAAGAUAUUUAUCAGAAAAAACUACCAAAUGAACGCGAGGCAGACGAUUGGUUAAGAGAAGUUAUUGGACACGAAUCUGGGCUUUAG